AUGCCAUCAGCAACUCCGUCCUAUGCGGUGUCAGGUAAGACGCAAGCAGUCCUAAGUGACUACCAAGAACAUGUUGCUGGCGGAUUUGCACCUCUUCCGGUCGCCAUCGUCCGGGCCGAGAAUGCUACUGUUUGGGACGUUGAUGAGAAGGAGUACUUAGACUUUCUGAGCAUGUACUCCGUGUCAGCGGCUGUAGCGGCCAUGAAAGACGCUGCAUGCGUUAACAUUGCGUUUCACAGCCCCUUGUAUGGAAAAUUAGCAAAGCGACUUGGUGAGGUCUUUGGUUACGACAAGUUCGUGGGGAUGACCAGCGGAGCAGAGGCUGUGGACGCCGCAGUGAAGAUUGCGAGGAAAUGGGCCUUUUUCGUCAAAGGCAUUCGAGAUGGCAGUGCCCACAUCCUAACAGCGGCAGCAUGUUAUCAUGGCGUCACCUUGUCGACCGUCUCUUUGGCCAGCAAGAAAGCAGACCACUUCAGCAACUACCUUCCAAAUGUCGGAUCAACUGCGCCAAGUGGAACAGCGGUACGAUUUGGAGUGAUUGAUGAUCUACGGAAAGCUUUCACCGAAGAUGGUCCUAAGAUCGCGGCGUUCAUGAUUGAGCCAAUACAAGGCUCAGCAGGCAUCAUCGUCCCGCCGGUGGGCUACAUCAGCGAAGUCGCGGCCUUGUGCAAACAGUACAACGUCCUGUUCAUCGCAGAUGAGAUUCAGACUGGCUUUGGCAGGACAGGAACCAACCUGAGUCACCAACGAGACGGCUCGAAAGCCGACCUGGUGGUCCUCGGAAAGGCACUGUCUGGCGGUCUUUACCCCAUGUCAGGCGUCAUGGGUCCUGCUCACGUUAUGGACCUCAUAAGCCCUUUCGAAAUCGGCACGACAAUGGCCAACAAUCCUCCGGGUUGUGCAGCAGCGCUUGCCGCGCUUGAUGUGCUUGUGGACGAGAAACUGGCUGAACGCGCUGAACACUUGGGACGACUUUUGUUGGAAAGACUCCGAUCUCUAAAUCUUCCCUAUGUGGUCGAGUUCUCAGGCAGUGGCUUAUUCUUGGCCAUUGUGAUCGAACCAAGACCACCCAAGGUUACCGGACGAAGAAUCGCAGCAUUGCUGGCGCAAAGAGGUGUUCUCGCCAGUGCUAAUAUGGGUGGCUCCCGCGUCAGAAUUUGUCCACCAUUGACCAUCAGCGAAGAAGACCUUCUAAGAGGAGUAGACAUCAUGGCGGCGGUAUUUGCCGAAGUCGAAGACGUGGAUUACAUUCCAGGUGAAGUCAUACAGGGACUCAUGUAA